CUCUACCUCACACUCUGUAUAUCACCGCCAUCAAGCAUCAUUGCCAUCGGCUCCGUUCAAGCUCACUUCUCCAGCCAGUCUUCCGUUCUGUAGCAUCUUCCUCUGCCUUCCAAACCCUAUCAAUCCACCCGCAAGUUUUCACUCCUACUCCCGGGCCUCUUCCCAACACUUCUUGACGCACCUCCAACCAUGGCACCGACUCCAGUCACCAUCAUUACAGGGUUCCUGGGUGCUGGAAAGACGACCUUGAUUCUCAAUCUCAUUCCGCAACUCCCAAGAACCUACAAACUUGCCCUGCUGAAGAACGAGUUUGGCGAUGUUGCGGUCGACUCCCAGCUCGCCGGCUCGGCCUCCAUCUCGGGCGUCCGCGAGCUCUUGAACGGAUGCAUAUGCUGUAACCUCGUCGGGCAGUUGAGUGAUGCUCUUUUCCAGCUCAAGGACUCGGUGGCACCCAGCAGAAUCAUCAUCGAAACGUCCGGCUCCGCCUUCCCUGCGACGCUUGCCAUGGAAGUCAAUCGUGUGUCGCGAGAAAACCCAGGUUCGUUUACUCUCGACGGUGUGAUCAGCGUCAUCGACGUAGAAAACUGGAAGGGUUACGACGACACCAGCUACACGGCCAAGAUGCAAGCCAAGUACACCGAUCUGAUCGUUUUCAACAAGUGGGAGCUCGUCGAUGAGCGAAUGUUUGAAGAUGCCUUGGACCGCGUCGGCGAUCUGGACGUCCAAGUCGCCUGGGUCAAGAGUCAAAAGGGUUGGGUUGAUGUCGAGGUCAUCAUGGGCAUCGACGGGGCCAUGGUUCGGGAUGAAGGGUUGCGGGGAGCCAUCGAAUUCAACGAAGAACAUGCGCACGGAGAUCACCACCAUCACCAAGAAGAAGUCGAAGUGCUGAGUGUGGUGGUGACCAACCAAGACAUGACCAAACCGCCCCAGGGUGUCGUGCUUGAAUCCUUUGAGGAUCUGCUCCUUUCUGCGCCCAAGGACGAGGUCUAUCGUAUCAAGGGGCUCGUGCUUUCCUCCCGGCCACCGCCAGAUUCCACCGGCGAUCGAAAACCCAGCAUUGCGGUCGACUCCGAGGGACAGAGUCUGUAUGUCUUGAAUUGGGCAUUUGGACGAUGGACAUACACGCCGCUCCCCGGCACGGCUUUUACGGCCAUGGAGAAAGCCAGUGCGCGGCUGACCUUCAUUCUUGCUCGGGGAGAAGCGAGCAAGUGGACCAGACGACUGGAGAAGGGAGACUUUAUUGCUCUCGAGGGAGACGGAGAACAGGAGGAAAAGGGCACCUUGAAGAUUGACAAGAUUGGAUGAUACGAACGAGAGACUUGAGAGGAUUCGCAAAAGCACUCCCACGUCGAAGACGGCGACGGCGAAACACGGCUGCUGGGGGUACACGGCCAGAUAACGACACCAGCAAACCUUCUGAGCAAACGGAGAAAACAUCAUAUCUUUCCAGAUCUUGGCCCACAGACCCUACUUUCCUUGUAGCCGGAUUGAGAAUUGCACGACGCAUCUCGAUCUCCGGCAAAGUCAACCUAGCGGGAAGUCUUCGGUACCAACACGACCAGCUUGUUGCUGGAUAAUGCAUCGCACGUCUAUUUUCAAUCAAGUCCUUCCGGCAACCAAGUCAUCAUCAAAUGCCCUUGGCUCAAUCGUGGAGAGCUGGUAUCCUGGAGACACGCAUGGAUAAUAUCAGAAGAGGUCUUGCAAGCACCAAAUCUUCAGAUUCGCUCCGAGGGAGCCCAUAAACGGCCUAAUUGAGUGCACUUGAUAACGGGGUUACUAGGUGAAGCCGACCCUGAUGAACAUCUCGGCACGGUAACAUUACUUGGACAAGAGUGCAGCCAUCAAUAAACACACGCUCGCCGCACUGAGAAACCUCUUACUUUCUCCCUUUUUCUACCCAAAGGCCGACUGCAUGCACACACUCCACCCACUCAUACACAACCUUUCUCGGGCCAAGCCACUCGACACUUUGUCUCAUUCUCCCCCAUUAUUUUUCCUCCACUUGUCCAUUCUCCCCAGCUGUGAUUGAUCACAGCAAAGCCCUGACCUCGCCCCUCCCAUCCAGCUCCAUGAAGCGGACGACCUGGCCGAGAUGAUCGAACCCCCAGAACCCCUCGACCUGGCCCUUUGCGUUCUCACACUGGAACCACGGCAGGCCGAACGCGCCGUCGCCCAUGGCGCGGUCCGUGUUCGCGAUCAGCUGGUUCUUGACCGCGGCCGCGCCCAG